GAGCCACCGUUAAACUCCAGUUCCACCACAAAGGCCACAAAUCCUUGCAUUACCACAUGGUACCGGGAUUGCACCAGCUUUCCGAUAGGUCACCUAUCCUUUGAUUUCUACAGCUCAAGCACACUUAACUCUGGAGUUCUCUCUGGAUGAUUAACCGAAAAUAAAAGUGCACUUUGAGUCAUAGGUAACCAAAUAAAUUCUUAGAAACCCAUUCCACCUAAUCUACUAUCACAAACCCGGGGUACUACAUUCACCCCACUAGCAUAGUGCAACGUUUUCGUUGCACAUUUGGACCCUCAUCCCCGAUGGUGUGAGUCCACUCGACUCCACACUCUCAUAUGGUUUUGGCUCAGAUACCAAUUUUAAAGCCCCGACCCACCAACGUUUGUGAGCCCCCAGGUCCACUCUUGGUCCGUGAGUCUCACCCUCAUUUGAUAUUUGGUGCAUUAUCGGAAAGGCUCGUAAGACUUGAUAACUGACCAUGGAAACACGACAUGACCGUUCCACGUGCUUUGUCAUUACUCAAAACGGUACAAAAUUGACUAGAAUGCACAAGCGCCCUGAUAGGUCACCCACGUAGUACUUUGGGUUUGUGAUAGUGAUACACUAAAAAUGAAUCUUUGCUCCUGUCAAGUUAACAGUGGUAAUUGUAAUAUUUGAGAUUCAAUCAGAUAGUAGAUUAGGUGGGAAAGGAUUAUAAGAAUUGAUUUGGCUACCUAUAUCACAAAGUUCACUUACCUUCUCGGUUAACCAUCCGAAAAGAACUCUAGAGUUAAGCAUGCUUGAGCUAGAGUAAUAAAAGGAUGGAUGACCUAUUAAGAAGCUUGUGAAAUCUAGUCAAUCCCGGUACCAUUAGAGUGACGAUAAAGCGCAGGGAACGGUCAGGUCAUGUUUACAGGAUCAAUAUAUCAAAUUCCGAUAAUGCACCAGACGUCAAAUAAGGGUGAAGCUCACGGGCUGAGAGUGGACGUGGGGGGGGGGGGGGGGAGGGGUCACAGACGUUAAAGGAUCGGGGCAAUACAAUUGGUAUCAUAACCAAACCCGGAUGAGAGUGUGGAGUCUAGUGGAUUCACACCAUCGAGAGUGACAGCCUAGAUGUACAAAGAAGACGUUGCACUCUACUAGUGGUGGUGAAUGUAGUACUCCGGUUUUGUGGUAGUAGAUUAGGUGGAAAAGGCUUCGAAGAAUUUAUUUGGCUACCUAUGACAUGGGUUAACAAUCCGAAGAGAACUUCAGUGCUAAGUGUGUUUGAGCUGGAGAAAUCAAAUGAUGUGUGACCUAUCGGAAAACUGGUGAACUAUGGUCAAUUCCAGUACUGUGUGGUGAGGAAAAAGUACGAGGAAUGGUCACUUCGUGUUUGUAUGAUCAGUAUAUCUAGUCUACCAAGCCUUUCCUAUAAUACACCAGACUUUGAAUGAGGGCAAUGCUCAUAUUAGCUUAAUUUAAAUUAAUUCAUAAUUUAAAUUAAUUUGCUGAUAUUCUCAUCUCUGAUUCCACUCCACAAGGCUUGGUCAAUACCAGUUGGUUUAAUUGUUUUCAGUUUAUGGUUUUCACUUGUUUUCAGUUGGUUUAUUUUGAUUGAUUGGAAAAUGUUUUCAUUUCAUUAUAACCCCUCCCUCCCUCCCCCUCCCCCCCCCCCCCCCCCCACGAAAGAAAAAAAAAUAUUUUAUUAAAAAGGUAUAAAAAUCUCAAAAAAUAAAUGAAAGAUAUUUGUAUCAUAUUUAGAAAAUGACAUUUUUAUAAAUAAUGUGCAUAUCACAGUACAAAGUGAAGAUAUCCUUGACAAUAACCCUUGUCAACACCAAUAAAUUUCAAGUUAUCUUGUAGCAUUAAUAUGCAUUAACUAAUUAAGGAAAAUUCCAUUAAUUAGAAACUUAGCAUUGGGAGUAAAAUUAGCGAGCAGAGUAACAACAAAUGAUUUGGAGCUUUUGACAACUAUAUAAAAAUUCAUUACGAUAACAAAACAUAAUAUAGAAAACCAUAGAAAGAAAAGUAUCAUACAAUCAUCAUGGGGAAGAAAAAGAUGGACCUAACUUACAUUACCGAUGGCAGGGCAAGGGAAGCAACUUUCAACUUAAGGAAGGAAGAAUUGAAGCAGAAACUCUAUGAGCUCCAUGUUCUUUGCGACGUUGAUACAUGUGCGGUCAUCUACAAUCAAUACGACCCUAAUCCAGAGGUAUGGCAAUCGACCUCAGAGGUUAAAAGUGUAUUUGAGAAGUUUGAGAUGUUGUCAGAGAAAGAGAAGACAUGUAGAUCGGUGAACCAUGAAGAAUUUCUCCAUCAGAUGAUCGAAAAAGCCAGGAGGAAAAGACAGAAACUGAAUGACCAAAACAAGGAGAAAUACAUGAGGGAACUCAUGUUCGCGUUUCUCAGUGGGAACAUGGAAGAUUUGAGUUUAAACAAUGAUGAUCAUUCUGAGUUGUGUAGUUUCAUUGAUCAAUAUCUCAAGCAGCUUGUUCAUCAUAAGAACCAAACCUUAAACAAUCCAAACUUUGAAAUCGGCCAGUCUUCCUCAAUGGCUCUGGACAUGAACAUAGCACAAACCUCUAUUGCUGAAGCAGGUUCCUCUUCCUUUCUGGUCUCUAAACCCCCUAGGUCUUCUGAACUAACCAAAAUGUGGAAGUCCGUAAUCUUUUCAUACCGUAGUGAUUUACCGCAUGACAAUUUUGUUACAAGUAUUCCCUCAACAAGUAGCAACGAAGAAGUAUAUAUUCCGGUUAUGAAUCAGGAUGAAUCUUACCAUCAGAAUCAAAAUCAAAAUCUGGAACAGGGAUUCGUUGAAGAAAUGAUGAAAAUUGGUGAGCAAACAGGUUUUCCUUGGAUGGAAGACAACAACCGAUUUUAAAGCAUAUUCAUCGAGGCAGAUGCCAAUACCAGUCAUCUUAUGUUUACUUUGUCUUAAAUGAUUUUUAGUGACAAAUUUUUGGUUUGCCAUCUCUUGUCUUUUUUCUUGCAUCAAGUUUGAGUCUUCAAAUUAAUGUCUUCUCUAAUAUGUGAAGAAAACCAAAUGGUAAAUUAUUAGUUUCAAUUCAGAUUCUAAAAUCCUUUGGUAUUGUUUGUCUUCUAUAUAGGAUCUUUUUGAUUCAACAAAAGUUCUAUUUAAAAUUUCAUAUUUUCUCCCUCAUGCAAGAGGAUCGUUAAUACUUCUUUUUAUCAGCAGUAAAUUCUGUACAAAUUAAAAAGUGUGUAUAGAAUAUGAAAGUAUGUAUUAGGUUUUAUAGAGAUGACACAGGCGACAGCCUUAUCUCAAAGGUUUCCAAGUUCAUGUUUUAGAAAUAUUUAUCCGAUAUUUCAUUUGGAUGAAACUACUACAGUUGGCAUUUGUCUUAAUAUACUCGAUUUUAAAUUUCUUGGUUAUAUCAAUUUUAUAUUCAUUUAGAAUUUAACCUUCAAGUUGAUUGAAUUAUUUGAUUAGGAAGAAACGAGUUUACGAAGAAGUGCUUAAAAUUUGAACCUAGAAAAUAUGCUCAACAGUUUGCAUAUAAAUUUCAAGUUAUCUUGUAGCAUUAAUAUGCAUUAGCUAAUUAAGGAAAAUUCCAUUAAUUAGAAACUUAGCAUUGGUAGUAAAAUUAGCGAGCAGAGUAACAACAAAUGAUUUGGAGCUUUUGACAACUAUAUAAAAAUUCAUUACCAUAACAAAACAUAAUAUAGAAAACCAUAGAAAGAAAAGUAUCAUACAAUCAUCAUGGGGAAGAAAAAGAUGGACCUAACUUACAUUACCGAUGGCAAGGCAAGGGAAGCAACUUUAAACUUAAGGAAGGAAGAAUUGAAGCAGAAACUCUAUGAGCUCCAUGUUCUUUGCGACGUUGAUACAUGUGCGGUCAUCUACAAUCAAUACGACCCUAAUCCAGAGGUAUGGCAAUCGACCUCAGAGGUUAAAAGUGUAUUUGAGAAGUUUGAGAUGUUGUCAGAGAAAGAGAAGACAUGUAGAUCGGUGAACCAUGAAGAAUUUCUCCAUCAGAUGAUCGAAAAAGCCAGGAGGAAAAGACAGAAACUGAAUGACCAAAACAAGGAGAAAUACAUGAGGGAACUCAUGUUCGCGUUUCUCAGUGGGAACAUGGAAGAUUUGAGUUUAAACAAUGAUGAUCAUUCUGAGUUGUGUAGUUUCAUUGAUCAAUAUCUCAAGCAGCUUGUUCAUCAUAAGAACCAAACCUUAAACAAUCCAAACUUUGAAAUCGGCCAGUCUUCCUCAAUGGCUCUGGACAUGAACAUAGCACAAACCUCUAUUGCUGAAGCAGGUUCCUCUUCCUUUCUGGUCUCUAAACCCCCUAGGUCUUCUGAACUAACCAAAAUGUGGAAGUCAGUAAUCUUUUCAUACCGUAGUGAUUUACCGCAUGACAAUUUUGUUACAAGUAUUCCCUCAACAAGUAGCAACGAAGAAGUAUAUAUUCCGGUUAUGAAUCAGGUUAGAGCUUAUAUUAUGAUUAGCAUCAACAUACAUUUUUUAAAUUAUAACCAAUAUUUAAAAAAAAAAUAUUAUUCGAUCGGUUCAGGAUGAAUUUUACCAUCAGAAUCAAAACCAAAAUCUGGAACAGGAAUUCGUUGAAGAAAUGAUGAAAAUUGGUGAGCAAACAGGUUUUCCUUGGAUGGAAGACAACAACCGAUUUUAAAGCAUAUUCAUCGAGGCAGAUGCCAAUACCAGUCAUCUUAUGUUUACUUUGUCUUAAAUGAUUUUUAGUGACAAAUUUUUGGUUUGCCAUCUCUUGUCUUUUUUCUUGCAUCAAGUUUGAGUCUUCAAAUUAAUGUCUUCUCUAAUAUGUGAAGAAAACCAAAUGGUAAAUUAUUAGUUUCAAUUCAGAUUCUAAAAUCCUUUGGUAUUGUUUGUCUUCUAUAUAGGAUCUUUUUGAUUCAACAAAAGUUCUAUUUAAAAUUACAUAUUUUCUCCCUCAUGCAAGAGGAUCGUUAAUACUUCUUUUUAUCAGCAGUAAAUUCUGUACAAAUUAAAAAGUGUGUAUAGAAUAUGAAAGUAUGUAUUAGGUUUUAUAGAGAUGACACAGGCGAUGGCCUUAUCUCAAAGGUUUCCAAGUUCAUGUUUUAGAAAUAUUUAUCCGAUAUUUCAUUUGGAUGAAACUACUACAGUUGGCAUUUGUCUUAAUAUACUCGAUUUUAAAUUUCUUGGUUAUAUCAAUUUUAUAUUCAUUUAGAAUUUAACCUUCAAGUUGAUUGAAUUAUUUGAUUAGGAAGAAACGAGUUUACGAAGAAGUGCUUAAAAUUUGAACCUAGAAAAUAUGCUCAACAGUUUGCAUAUAAAUUUCAAGUUAUCUUGUAGCAUUAAUAUGCAUUAGCUAAUUAAGGAAAAUUCCAUUAAUUAGAAACUUAGCAUUGGUAGUAAAAUUAGCGAGCAGAGUAACAACAAAUGAUUUGGAGCUUUUGACAACUAUAUAAAAAAUUCAUUACCAUAACAAAACAUAAUAUAGAAAACCAUAGAAAGAAAAGUAUCAUACAAUCAUCAUGGGGAAGAAAAAGAUGGACCUAACUUACAUUACCGAUGGCAAGGCAAGGGAAGCAACUUUAAACUUAAGGAAGGAAGAAUUGAAGCAGAAACUCUAUGAGCUCCAUGUUCUUUGCGACGUUGAUACAUGUGCGGUCAUCUACAAUCAAUACGACCCUAACCCAGAGGUAUGGCAAUCGACCUCAGAGGUUAAAAGUGUAUUUGAGAAGUUUGAGAUGUUGUCAGAGAAAGAGAAGACAUGUAGAUCGGUGAACCAGGAAGAAUUUCUCCAUCAGAUGAUCGAAAAAGCCAGGAAGAAAAGACAGAAACUGAAUGACCAAAACAAGGAGAAAUACAUGAGGGAACUCAUGUAUCGCGUUUCUCAGUGGGAACAUGGAAGAUUUGAGUUUAAACAAUGAUGAUCAUUCUCAGUUGUGUAGUUUCAUUGAUCAAUAUCUCAAGCAGCUUGUUCAUCAUAAGAACCAAACCUUAAACAAUCCAAAAUUUGAAAUCGGCAAGUCUUCCUCAAUGGCUCUGGACAUGAACAUAGCACAAACCUGUAUUGCUGAAGCAGGUUCCUCUUCCUUUCUGGUCUCUAAACCCCCUAGGUCUUCUGAACUAACCAAAAUGUGGAAGUCCGUAAUCUUUUCAUACCGUAGUGAUCUACCGCAUGACAAUUUUGUUACAAGUAUUCUCUCAACAAGUAGCAACGAAGAAGUAUAUAUUCCGGUUAUGAAUCAUGUUAGAGCUUAUAUUAUGAUUAGCAUCAACAUACAUUUUUUAAAUGAUAACUAAUAUUUAAAAAAAAAAAAUUUAUUCGAUCGUUUCAGGAUGAAUCUUACAAUCAGAAUCAAAAUCAAAAUCUGGAACAGGGAUUCGUUGAAGAAAUGAUGAAAAUUGGUGAGCAAACAGGUUUUCCUUGGAUGGAAGACAACAACCGAUUUUAAAGCAUAUUCAUCGAGGCAGAUGCCAAUACCAGUCAUCUUAUGUUUACUUUGUCUUAAAUUAUUUUUAGUGACAAAUUUUUGAUUUGCCAUCUCUUGUCUUUUUUCUUUCAUCAAGUUUGAGUCUUAAAAUUAAUGUCUUCUCUAAUAUGUGAAGAAAACCAAAUGGUAAAUUAUUAGUUUCGAUUCAGAUUCUAAAAUCUUUUGGUAUUGUUUGUCUUCUAUAUAUGAUCUUUUUGAUUCAACAAAAGUUCUAUUUAAAAUUACAUAUUUUCUCCCUCAUGCAAGAGGAUCGUUAAUACUUCUUUUUAUUAGCAGUAAAUUCUGUACAAAUUAAAAAGUGUGUAUAGAAUAUGAAAGUAUGUAUUAGGUUUUAUAGAGAUGACACAGGUGAUGGCCUUAUCUCAAAGGUUUCCAAGUUCAUGUUUUAGAAAUAUUUAUCCGAUAUUUCAUUUGGAUGAAACUACUACAGUUGGCAUUUGUCUUAAUAUACUCGAUUUUAAAUUUCUUGGUUAUAUCAAUUUUAUAUUCAUUUAAAAUUUAACCUUCAAGUUGAUUGAAUUAUUUGAUUAGGAAGAAACGAGUUUACGAAAAAGUGCUUAAAAUUUGAACCUAGAAAAUAUGCUCAACAGUUUGCAUAUAAGUUCCAAGAGCGAAAAGUUAAAGCAUGCAAGUCUUUUAGUGAUUGAAUGAUUGAAACCAAUUUUUUCUUUUUUCCUCAAAGAUACUUAUAUUAACCAUUGAUCAUCAAGAUAAGAUACAUCAGUACAUCAUUAUGGUAACACAGACCAUUCUAACAUAAAAAUUCUAUACAAAGAACUACCAGCGCUUGUAAACCCAAAAAACCCCAAACCUGAAAGGACUACAUGUUACACCAUCAACACAUGUUUUUUUUAUAGAAUCGUUGUAGCACCGUGGUAACUACAUCUAUAUUAUAUCCAUGGGAUCAAUAUUCAAUUCCUUGCAAGCGAAAAAUUUUGAAGUUACAAAAAAAAACCACAUAUGUUUAAGAUUUCUCAUCGAAAAGAAAACCAGCCAAUCAAACCAAUUCAUCAUUGUUUUUUCUACACCUCUGACAAUUUAUAGACAUAAAAUAUUUUUGAUUUAUUAACAGUGUUCUAUUCAAACAGUCUUAGUACCCAAUUUGUCGUCUUUGUUAAUCUUUAAUUCCUUAUGACAUGUGAAUUCUAUUAGAUUGAAGCUUACUCUCAUUAGAGGACUUUGUACAAGUAUUUAUACAUGUAUUGUAUUUAUACAUGUGUUGUAUUAGGGUAUUGCUACUGUAAAUGUACACUAAUGCCUUUAUACUAUUGGUAACUCUAUUAUCCCUUUAAUAUGUAAGACUUUUAGUGAUUCCAAUCUAGAUACAAUCUGUUUGACACGGUAUUCUAAAAAGAGUUUUGUUAGUGCAUCAGCUAGUUGAUCUCUAGUUGAUACAUGUGUAACACACAAAGCUCCUGACUGAAUUUUCUCCAGUAUGUAAUGGUAAUCGACUGCGAUGUGUUUCAUUCUAGUGUGGAAGACGGGGUUAGCUCACAUGUAGGUUGUUCCAACAUUAUCACAAUAUAUGACAGGUGCCUGCUGUAGUUGAAUGCCCAAAUCAGUCAGGAAUGAGCAGACCCAUCGUAAUUUUCCUGUUGUAUUUUCCACUGACCUAUAUUCAGAUUCUAUUGAGGAUCGAAACACCUCUUUACUUCCGCGAUGACCAAGAAAUGAGUUGUCCUCCAAUGUAAAUGAUGUAUGCAUUUUUUGAGACGAAUUCUUCCGGUUCUCCAGCCCAAUCGGCAUCAAAGUACACAUGUAAUGUCAAUGGAUUUUUCUGACGCAAGAGGAUCCCAUGAGUAAGAGAUCUUGAGAGGUACCUGAGGACUCGUUUUGCGGCGGUCCAAUGCUCGGUAGUUGGUUGAUGCAUAAAUUAUCAUAGGCGAUUUACUACAAAGGAAAUCUCGAGCCGUGUGAAAGCUCUGUAAUCCUCCAACCAGCUGACGAUAUUGAGUCGGAUUUGAAAGAGGGUCACCCGAGUGAAGCGUAAGUUUUGGUGAUGUUAGUAAUGGUGUAGUAACAAGUUUUGAAUCCAACAUGUUGAAUCUGGAAAGAAAAUCUCAUGUAUAUUUCUUCUGCAUUAUAUGAAGCCCCUAAUUUUUCUCGUCAUCUCGAUCCCCAAGAAGUAAUGUAGGUUUCCCAUAUUAUUUCAGUGAAAACCGGACUCCCAACGAUUUGGUGAUGUUGUUUAUUAGUGUCAAUGAACUUCAAGUGACCAAAAUGUCAUCUACAUAAACUAGAAGGUAGGUGUUGGAUCCAAUACCUAAAGGGAUAAGUGUUGGACGCAAAUCUCAAAGGGAUAAGGAAGCGGCCCAAGUGACGGCUCGGGCUCCAUCUUCGAGGCAGGUGUAGAAAGAACUCAACCUCGAGGGUUCAACCUAGAAAACUAAGGCCGAAGCUCACGCUCAAAAUAUAGUUUAAACCCAGAUCCGAGUCAAUAAGACAAGGACUGACGAUAAGAACGAGGGAGAAAAUAUCCCGUAAAUCUUGGAUCCCACCACACAUCUAAAAAAACAAGUAGAUAGGGGAAAUCAUAAAAAGAGAAGUGCGGGAAGAAGAGAUGACACGAGCGUUAAACCCUAGGAACUACAUACUCGACCUCGACCUCGAUCUCAUUCUCUUUACACUAUUUCCUUAAAUCCUAGUUGUUGUUUUCAUAUCAUCCAUUGUAAGCCUUCAUUUCACUCCAAUCAUAUCUUAUAUAUAAAGACCAUUUUUAUCAACCAGAAUCUAAUUACCUCGUUGUGUUAUGAGGAUAUUGUUGUCCACGUUUUUUCUUCUCUAAUCUUUACAAACAAUCACUAUCAAAUACUUAGUGAGGAUUUUAGGAUCCAUAUUUUGGUGCCGCCUGUGGAGAAGAAAAACAAAAAAUAUCCUUGCUAAGAAUCAGAUCUAAAGUUCCUAAGUGCGAUCAUGGAUUCACCACACAUGUAACACCCCCGAUCCGAAAUAAAUAAAAGUUAAUUAGUUUGUCAUGCACCAAUCAAACAAGAACAUGCACAACGAACUAAAGAACUCUAACCAGAUCGAAGAUACUACUACCACGUGCCCAAACAUUUGAUCUGAGGUUCCCAUAUCAGAUCCGAAAUCCUAAGAUCAUAUGUCCAAGAACGGGUUUCCUAGCGAUUCCAAGUUAAGGCUUUGCAAUCCGAGUUUGAAACCGUUAGUUAGUUCGUCCCGGACUAGGACUAGUAUCAUAUAGAAUCCAAGCAUUUCACAAACCCUUUUUUUUAUUCACAUAUACUUUAAGUUCAACCACAUCAAAAUUUAUACAUGCUCGGCCGAUGUUCAAAACCAUAUCUUACAUAUUACAAAACGUACAUGUUUGCAAAAGGUAGCAAAUCUACACCAACAGCUUUGUGCUCCUCCGAUCCCAAAUGGAACCUACUACUACGGGUUACCUGCAAAACAAAGAGUCUAAUGAGCAACUAUUUUGCUCAGUGAGUCGGGUUUCCUAACAAUUAUUUAUCCCCCCAUUAUGCAUCAAACAUUAAGCAACAAGGAUCAAUUAUAUUAAGAAAUAUGCAAUGCAAAAAUAAAGCAAUCAUGUAAACAAGCAUCCACUCUUCACGAGUAGUUAGAUCAUUAUCGAUCAUCGAGGACUGCCUCUCGCCAUUGGUUCCUAUCUCGAUACGAAGUCCAUAACACAUCCCUUCUUGCGCCCAUUGACUCUAAACGCAAAGUCUAAAAAGCCGAUGGCCCAGAUAACACACUUGCCGCAUCGUCAUGCAGCUACACUAGCCCUAUCACAAGUGUCUUCGCGUCCUGCCCGGUACAAAUUUUGGUAAGGCCCCAGACAAGGCACGGGCCUCGAGUGGACACCAAUGACUCUCACGACACUCCACCUGAGUGUCGGACUCUCACGGAUCAAGUCCGUGGAUUUACGGGUUUCUCCGUUAAGAUAUGAUCAUACAUGUUAUAUUAUCUGAGCCGAGGCCCAAACAAUAUAAUGCAAUGACAUAAGUAUAUUCAACACAACAUCAAUGUAUCACAAUCAUGUUAUACCCCUCGAGCCGAAGCCCGACGAUAUAACUCAAUAUCUUUCACAAACAUCAAUCAUUAUCAUAUCAUUAUAUAUCUAAAUGCGCAACCUAGCAAUGCAUCAACCAAUACUCUUGUUUUGCAGGCGCUAGUCGCACACACAACAAUCAUAACCCAUAACCGAGACUCACCUCAACACUUAGAUGAAAGUUUUGAACUGGAAACGCUUCUAUCUCGCGGUCGGCUUCACUUUAAACUUUUAUCAAAAAACUCUAGAGCUUUAGAAAUUUAAAUACAGGAAGGGUAGGAUAAGAAAGGCUAUCCAAGUUCUAACUAAGAAAAAAAAAAGAAAAA